AUGGACAAUAUGUCAGAGGUGACGUCCUUCAUUCUAACAGGCUACUUCGAAAUGGAGGAUCUGAAGUACCUGUAUUUCACAGUCUUCUUCCUAUUGUACAUCAUGACGGUUUUUGCGAAUGUCCUUCUCAUCUGUGUGAUCUGUGCUGAGAGGAGUCUGCACGACCCCAUGUACAUUUUUUUGUGCGCCCUGGCAGUGAAUGGGAUGUACGGCAGCACGUCUUUAGUGCCCUCCAUUCUGGGACAGCUGAUGUCCCCCACGCACAUCAUGUCUCUGGGCUGCUGCCUGGCCCAAAUUUACUCUUUACACACAUACGUCAUCGCAGAGUUUUCAGUGUUGGCAGUGAUGAGCUAUGACAGAUACAUUGCGAUCUGUUACCCCUUACAUUACCACAUCAUCAUGUCUCCCCGCAAGGUGUGUGUACUGGUUGUCCUCUCCUGGAUUUACCCCUUCGUCGCUUUUGGCAUCUACUUCAUAUUCACCACAAAGCUCACCUUCUGCAGAAACAUCAUACCUAAAGUUCACUGCAUGAACUUUGAGUUAGUCAGACUGUCUUGUUUUAGCACUUACGUUCACAGCAUCGUCGGCCUCGUGGCUACAGUUUUCUACCUCGUUCCCCAGAUCCUGAUGAUGCUCUUUUCAUAUAUGCACAUAUUCAGGAUUUGCCUGAAAGCUUCCAAAGAAUCCCGAGCCAAAGCUGCCCAAACAUGCACGCCUCACCUGAUUGCUGCCAUCAAUUUCUCUGUGGGCUGCUUUUUUGAAGUCAUCCAAAGCCGGUUCGACUCGAACCGCCUUUCCUUUGAGUCGCGCCUCUUUCUGUCCCUUUACUACCUAACAUUUCCCCCCUUGCUAAAUCCUCUUAUCUAUGGUAUAAAGACAGAUAAAAUUAAACCCUCCCUUAAUUUCCUUGACCUGAACAUUUAUUAUUUAGGGAGGUGUGAUUAG